UUGAAGUCAUCAAGCUUCCUCUUUAAUUUUUUUUUGUGUCUACUUCCAGAUCGUCUUUAUGGUGCAAAAAGCACAAGUCCUUCAAAUCAGCAGAAACAUACGGCUUUACAGCAUGAUCCGUAAGGGAUGGACGGUAUCGGGGGUCAUUGGACUGAAGGGCUGGCUGGUGACAGUUUUGUUGGGUCUGUGGAUGGAGCCGGUCGGUGGGAUCGAUAUCCAGCUGGUUCCUCAGUAUCCUGCGGUCGGUCAGUCGGUCACACUGAGUGUUACUGGAAUCACUGGGACCAUUCAGACCUUCAGCUGGUUUAACGGACAAACCAUAGAUGCUGAAAAUCAAAUUCUCAUAUAUUUCCUGAGUUCAGAUUCCUCCAAGACUAUAGGAACACAGUAUUUCUUUCGGGCCAGGGGGCUCCCUAAUGGAUCGUUACUGAUGACUGAUCUACUGGUCACAGACCGGGGUUAUUACACAGUCUCUGUACAGACGGCUCAGCUACAUCAAGCGUCUGUGAACCUGACUGUGUACGAGAAAGUCAGUAAACCUGUAAUCACAGCGUCCACCUCCCAGCCCAAGGAAAAUGACCCAGUUACCCUCACAUGUGACACGGUAAACGCAGAGAGUAUCCAGUGGGGGCGCCGCGGAGCCGGCCUACCCUCUGAUGUCCAGCAGUCCUCCGAUAACCGGAGCAUCACCUUCCCCCAAAUUAACCGCACAGAUACAGGGGGGUAUUACUGUGAGGCUGGAAACCCCAUCAGUAAGGAUUCUAGCGACACAUACACAGUCACAGUAAACUAUGGCCCCGAAGACUUGUCCGUUGCACUCUUACUAGAAUGCUCGGCAGAGUCCGUCCCUUUACCCACUUAUCGCUGGAUGCACAAUAAAACCGAUUUAAAUAUCAGCCAGAGCAUACUCCGUAUUGAGAACGUGACUGCGUUUACCCUGGGGGAAUAUACCUGUGCGGUUGAAAACUCAGUGACAGGCAGUACCCAUGCCAUCUCUGUAAAUGUAGUAGGGAGAGAAUGCUUUUGUGUUACGGAAUCACUUCAUGUAACCGGUGCUGUGAUAGCUGGAAUUGCUUCCGGGGCAGUACUGGGAGUCGUACUGAUAAUCAGCGCAUCUGUCUUUCUGUAUAAGAGAUUCCGAAGUCCGGUGAGAGAAGAACAGACAGGAUCGUCUGUUGACCGUCAAAACCCAUCUGCCGACUAUUACAACGUUGCUCUUGCUGGAAAGGUCAACAAAGUUAAAGAGGAUUCAUCUUAUAUGGAGCUACAGUUCAAAUCCCCAGACACGUACUGCGCUCUGCGGAGAUGACACAAGACGAUAAUCUGUUACGUUAUCCGGCUUUACUCGUAGUCAUAUCACCGAUUUGGGAUAUAUUCAGUGUUAUGGUGUAUGAUGCGCUGAUAUGGUAUCCGUCAUACAUGUUUCCAAGUAUUCAAUAUCAGUAUAUGAUUUAUUAAACUUUACAUUUUUGUAUCUGGUCCUGUAAAUAAAGCGUUUGCCGCCAUGCAUUU